AUGACGCCUCGCCGGGUUCGCGACACAGACCCCAACUCCCACCUCCGUCGGCGCAUAGCGUUUGAGAAACUCUACACGCAGCUCGAGGAGUACAGACCCCAUCGUGAAGAGAUGUUGGAGCUUUCCCCUCCGGAGUGUCAGACAUAUCUGACCGGCGAGCCUCAAGAAGUCGGAAGGCCACCGGUUCAGGCCGAGAUGAUGUUUGAGACUGAUAGGGCCGCCAUGGACAUCCCCCAGGCCACUAUGCCGUGCCACAACCCUACAAAGCCCAGCUCGGAAGACUGCAUGGCUUUGUACGUGCCGGAGGACGAGCUUCAGAUGGUCAAGUACCACAAAGCUGUCGAGCAGAGAGCGGAGUUCAAGACCCUCACGGACGAGGAUCGAUUCAUGGUGUCGUGCCCCUCGCCACUGGAGACGUGGAAGAUGGAGAAGGAGUAUGCCGACUACACUACGGCCGCGUUGCUGCUCAAGGGCGACUUGAAGAACGACAAGGCCUUCCACUCCAGGCGCAACGGGCUCAGGCAGUACUUGGCCUCGCAGAACCUCACCCCAGAGCAGAGAAGGCAGGGCCUGCUCAGGUCUGGAGGCCGCGCGAGCAAACUGAGCGAGGUCAUCUCCAUUGACGAAGACUGGCCCCAGUAG